CGAUCCGAAUAAUCGCUUUCUUUGCUAUUUUCUUUGUUCCAUUCCAUCCUUUGCCUUGCAUUGCACGAAAUGCCCGCGUGGUAAAACUCGUGGCCGAGUCUGUUUACAUCCAGCGAUUCCCCGCGGGGACGAACACAUUGAACCGCCCAACUUGAAACUUGAACUUCAAGCAGGGAAAUGGCGCUGGACUCGCGCUUCUUUCGACACAUCGGCCAGAGCACCGGGCCUGGUUCGAUCUCUUCUGCGACCUCUUCCGAAUCCUCCGCCAUGACCGGCAUCACCUCCCCCAGCGUGGUCUCGACCUCGGCCUCCACCGCCACCUUUGUAUCUACAGCCUCCAGUCCAUCACUUCGCGCUCGCGAAAGCGUGUCAGUACCUGUGAACCGAGAUGGAGCCGCGAGCCCGUCACCAGGCGGCAAUGUGCGCGUCGUGGUGCGCGUUCGCAAGUUCCUCCCCAGAGAGAUCGAACGCAACGCAGAAUGUCUCAUCGCGAUGGACCCGCACACUCAAAUGACGCAGCUGAAAGCACCGAAGCGCAGUGCAGGCGAUCUGGGGAAACCGAAAUCACAAGCCCGUGGCAAAGUCCUCGACGACAAGUCAUUCACAUUCGAUAACUCCUUCUGGUCGCACGACGACGAGGAUGGACACUAUGCCCACCAGGAGGAUGUAUACAACUGCCUGGGCGAGGAGUUCCUCGACCACAACUUUGAGGGGUACCACACCUGUAUCUUUGCCUAUGGACAGACCGGUUCUGGUAAGAGUUACACCAUGAUGGGCACUCCGGAACAACCGGGCUUGAUUCCCCGUACCUGCGAGGAUCUUUUCCAGCGCAUUGAGACCUCGCCAUCUCCCGACAUCAGCUACAACGUCCGAGUAUCGUAUUUCGAGGUAUACAACGAACAUGUACGAGAUCUCUUGGUGCCACGCACGGAUCCUCCACAUUAUCUCCGAAUUCGCGAGUCUCCAUCGGAAGGUCCCUAUGUCAAAGACUUGACAGAGGUAACUGCCAGGAACUACACGGAGCUGAUGAAGUUUAUGCGGAAGGGUGAUGUUUCCCGGACCACCGCUAGCACGAAGAUGAAUGAUACUUCGUCUCGAUCUCAUGCCGUUUUUACGAUCACGUUGAAACAGAUUCAUCACGAUCUUUCUACAGAUGAGACAACGGAGCGCACUGCUCGCAUUCGGUUGGUCGACCUCGCGGGUUCGGAGCGCGCCAAAUCUACCGAAGCAACAGGUGCCCGGCUCCGUGAAGGUUCAAAUAUUAACAAGUCGCUCACUACGCUCGGUCGAGUCAUCGCGGCUUUGGCAGACCCGAAGAAGGGCCGUGGUGGAAGAAAGGGCAAAGAGCUGGUACCGUACCGCGAUUCGAUCCUUACGUGGCUCUUGAAAGACAGUCUUGGUGGAAACUCGAAGACAGCAAUGAUUGCAUGCAUUUCACCAGCGGACUACGAAGAAACUCUCUCAACACUACGAUAUGCCGACCAGGCCAAGCGCAUCCGCACUCGUGCUCGUGUCAACCAAGAUCAUGUAUCUGCAGCCGAGCGUGACGCGCAAAUCGCAGAAAUGGCGGAGACCAUCCGCACUUUGCAACUCAGCGUGAGCCAGGCGACAGUCCACCAGCGCGCAAGUGAAGCUCAAGAUGAGAAGUUGGAUGAGUACCAGCAAAAGGUCGAAAAGAUGCAGCGACUCAUGGAAGAGACCAAAAUGGUCAGCGAGUGCAAGAUCCGUCAGCUACAGACGGAGAAUGAGGCUCUGCGUAUGCACUUGAAGCUCGCCCUGGAGAGUAUCAGGAACCCCAUUCCAUCCAUCACCAUCGAGAAGCGACAGCCCAGCAUGGCCUCAUUAGCAGACGAGAAAAUGUCCCCUGAUCAUGACCAGGAAAACCGCGAGGGUUCAACCGUUGAUCCCACCGACUCCGAAGCGGACGUUUGGGAAGACGAUGAGGCCAUUACCGACGAAGACGACGAGAAUGACGAGGACGACGAGGUACAUCAUCUGAUGCAAGCUCGCAUGCAAGAUCUUCUCGGCGACCUGAGUGUCUUCAAGCGCAAGCUGGCAACAGAUCACGAACGAUUCCGCCCUAACGAGCAACCGAGGACGCGAAAACGACGAGCUCUUGGAACAAUUGCUGGCAAUGUACGCUAG